AGGCAACGAAGAAACCAAAGUUGUUUGCUAAUGGAGGCACGAGAAGACGACAGAGACGUCCAAACAGUACCUCUCCACCGACCUCCAAAUUCGCUUCAUUUCCGCUUGGAAAGCUCAGAUCGUGUUCGUUUGAUGGGAAACCAUUUUCCAUGGAAUCUUCUUCCACGUUAUCCAGAUUCCGAUUCCGAGACCACCGAGAAACGGAAAACUCAGCGCCGUCCGAUACCAUCUCCGACGGCUCCUCCGUAUCCAGCCUACGAGAUGACGAGCCCGAAAUCCAAUCCAUGGCUGGAAAGGGUGUUAAGCAUCUUUGUUCGGAGCUACUUGAGAUAAAGGAGGCAUCGGAUGAGGAUUUUCACAGAACCAUUGUUUCUAAUUAUUCAGCCUUUGUCAGAAUAUUGGAAGACGUAGAAAGCGUUGAGAAUGAACUGAUGAAACUGAAAAACCAUGUUUUGACCCAAAAAAAGCUUGUGAAGGAACUUAUAGAUGGAGUAUAUCUAGACGUUUUGUCGGAAGAGACGAUAGAAUCAAUUAUAGAAGAACCUGGUUGCAUUGAUCCACUGCAGCCAAGUGAGUUAGAGGCUGACAUUAAUGAUGUUUCAGAAACCCUGGAUCUCCUCCUAUCAGAAAACAGGAUAGAUGAAGCUCUGGCCAUUACAGAAGUGGAGGAUGAAAAUCUUCAGAGGGUGCAGUUCGAAGGAAAUGCUCCAUCAGACCUGUUAAUGUCAUAUAACUCUUCAAUUUGUGAGAAAAAGGCCAUGCUUACACUACAGCUGACGCUGAUGGCUGAAAACCCAAGAACAGCUGCACCAGAACUUCAAAAGGCGCUGGUUGGACUUUGCAGACUAGGUGAAAGUCAUCUUGCAAGUCAACUAUUGCUUGAAUAUUACCAUUCACGCAUUGGGACUGGAAUACAUAAUUUGCAGUGCUCAAAGUCAUAUUUACAUGGGACAUACAUUAAGGAGCUUGCGAAAUUUGUAUUUUCUAUGAUUUCUCAAGCGGCUAGGAGCUUUGUAAUGUUAUAUGGAGAAGCUUCUCCUUAUGCUUCAGAGCUUAUUCAGUGGGCCUGUGAAGAAACCAAAGUGUUUGUUGUUUGUUUUAAUAAAUAUGUUAAAUCCAUCUCAGAAAUAAGUGGAGGAUUGUCCAAGGUUGUAGAAUCUGUGCAAUUUGCAAUGUCAUUUUGCUCUUUGUCAGAAACUCAGACGUUAGUGCUGCAGCCAUACUUAAUCAAGCAUAUUCGUCCUGGUGUGGAAGUGGUUCUACAGGUGCAUAUAAACCACUACAAGAAAGUUGUUGGUAUCUUUACAGCAACUGACUCUUGGGGUUUGGGUAGAUAUAUUGUAUCAGGGGUAGUAAAUGAAGCAUACUCUUCUAUUGUUGUUGGGAACCAACCGGAAUAUUGCCUUCUCACUUGCAGUGGCCGUAAGUUUGUGACACUGUUACAGGCUAUCGCAGGGGAUGUUUCACCUCUAGUUGCCCUUCAAAUGGAAGAUUCAAUCCUUAGUGGACUCAUGAACCUCUUUAUGGAGUACAUAAUCAUCCUUGAAAGGGCCAUCACCUUUGAAGAAAUUGUCCCAGAAAAAGGUGGUUCAAGAAUCAAUUUGGCAGAGUCAUCGGUGCAACAGGUUUCUAUUCUGGUGAAUCUAUCAACAUUAGAACAUCUUUUCUCUAGCAUUGUUAGAAGCAUAUUUGGGAGCAUCAGUCGCAUGAAUUCUGAGCUGAUGAGAAACCAUUUAGUUGGUGGUCAACAGAAGGAAAUUGAUAGCUGUAUGUUGUUUAUCCAAGAGGCCUCUGGUCAGCUUAGAGCUCAUUUCUGCCAGCAAUUUAUACAUAGAAUGAUGUUGCUGGGAACUGGCUUCAAACAUAACGUAGAAACUUGCAGUGAUGGUCAACAAGAUUCUAUGCCCUCCAUUGCCUUGCAGGUAUUAUUCCUAGAACUGAGGCAAUUAGAAAAAAUUGCUGAAGAUGGUGUUUUUGAAGUAAAUUGGUUGAUGGAACUUUUGAGGGAAUUGAUAGAGGCCAUAUUUGUUUGGAUAUCCAAAAACAAAGAGAUCUGGGCAGUUACUGAAGACAAGUUGACUGUCCAGCCUUCUGACAAUUUGAAGAAGCUUGUUUUGGACAUGCAAUUUCUGGUGGAAAUCGCAAGCUAUGGGGGAUACUUCUCCAACAACCCCUCGGUUCUUGUAACUUCUAUGAAAUCCGCAUUUCUUUCAGCUGGGGUGGAUCCUGAAAGAGAUAUAAUUGAUAUUGGAUGGGCUAUAAAGGCUGCUAAUGGAGCAAUAAUAAAACUACUAGAGAUCGAAAAAAGAGAUGCGCUUCCAAAUGAUAAUCCUAUUUGUAUUCUUGAAGAAAAAUCACAUGGAAACCAAUCUGAGUAUGUGAGUGACUCUCUCCAAGAUGAUGCUAGGAGCUACUCUAAGGAUUCUAUGGAGUCUGGUGAUGAUAUAGAGGGUAUUACUGCAUCCGAAGCUGCAGUUAAUGCAGAGACAACAGAAUUUAGCCGUCUUGGAAGGUUAUUGGAUCUUCUUGAAGAGGAUGAUGGUUCUGCUUAUAGCAGUGCUAUGAACUCAACAGAUAGUUCCGUAGAAAUAGAAGAUAUUGUCUCCAAAAAAGUGGCUAAUGUAGCAUACAAAGGAUUCCAGAUCAUUGAGAAAACUGAUUUGCCAGCCACAUUAUCUUUGGGUAUUGAUGGAGAAUAUUCUGAGGUUAGGGUUUUCACCGAGGAGGGGACUAGCCGUCAAGUUCAUGUGGCUGAGUCUGUAACUAAUGAGCUAGAAGAUGGUGGGGACUUGGGUUUUUCAUGGACUGAAGCUGCUCCUGCAGAAAAUUCUGUUAAACUGCAAGGUGAAGAUGAAAACAAUGGUGUGGAUCCAGCUGCUUCUGUUCUUAUGAUAGAUUGCGACAAUAGUCAUAUUGCAGCAGUCAAUAGUCUCUUCAAGCAUGAGGACAUUGAUAUAAAAGAAAUGUACGCAUGAAAGGCAUCAAUGCAGAAUCUGGUGGGCGGUGGGGAAACUGAAGUGCAUGUUUCAGUUUGCCAAAUUGUCUCUUGCCUGCCCAUGGACAGCAGCAUACAGAAUCCUGUGGUUUUGUUUGCCACUUAGUUCUUGAAGGGCACUCCCUUUCAAUUUUUCUUGAUCUCCUUCGUAAGCUGAUCAGAAACCAAGGAUUAUAGGAGUAUCUUCUUUUGCACUCACAACAUUACAUUAUGGGCCACUACAACUAGUUCUACUGGCAGCUUUUCCGUUUGUUUGCUCUCACUUGAGUUUCCUUCUGGGUUGUGGAAAGGCUUUGCCUUGAAUCUUAUCAAGGAGAAUGUUUAUUUGUUUUUUGGGUUUGUAUUUGUUGUUCUCUUUAUUUCCUUGUAAUUUUCUUUCACUUGUUGAUCUGUUCUUGUUUCCUGUAUUUGAUGUUGCUUUCUUUAUUUCCCUGUAUCUUUCUUUCUUGUUGCUCUGUUGUAGUUUCGUCUGUUCUAGCUCAUCUAUUUAAAAAAAAAAAAAAAAAAAACCCAAAACAAUUGUGAUGCAAAAUAGGGAUGAUGGAGUCGGUCAAAUUUCCAUCUUGAUUGUGGAUGGUCUUCUGGUCAUCUUUGAAUUUGUAUGAAUCCUUUUGAUUGUUCACAUCAAUUUUAGCUUCAAUUUUUUCCUUUUUGUUUA